AUAAACCACCCGGACAUGUUUUCAGAGGACGCGGAGUUUGAGCGAAUGGUUCCUGUUUUAUUAAUUUUCAUUAUAUUGAUUUUGUUCGUACUCAGUAACUUUUUCGUGUUGUACAUGAUUCCGGUAAAUAUAUACAACCGUUCACCUCUGACUGUGCGAAGGGGAAUAUGAAAAAGGAGCAAAUUGGAUUUCACCUCGUUUUAUUUCUUCUCAGGAAGCUUACUCUCACGAGUUGUAAGGAAAACAAAUCAUCUUUUUCGUAAAAGAGGCCGGGCUGUGAAUGUCGCUAUGUGAUUGGCAUUGGUGCCAAUGACGACAGGACAGACGUUGGUAUCUGCACUUCCAGUUGAUUCUGAUCACAUCGUGGGAACACAAGACAACAGAUGCGGAGACUGAUCUACUGCUCCAAAAAACACUUAAACUUACAUGGAAAAAGCCGAGGUUUGUUUCAGUGAUGAUCUCAAAGCUGUGCACUUGCAUAAAACACCUGAUUCUAAGGAAGAAUGUCAAGAAGAGUUUCCCUCCAGAAAUUCUGCCAGCUCUAACCUGCAAAUACUGGAGGAAGAGGAAGAUGGAAAAAUACACAAGGGGAAGUACCACCAAAGUUUCCAGCUAUUCAAGCCCAUCCGAACAACACAUAAGCACAAACAUCCAAUUGACAACUCAGGCCUAUUCUCUUUUAUGACCUUGAAUUGGCUUUCUCCUCUAGCUUGGAAGGCCUACAAGUACUCUCGACUGGAAAUGACAGAUCUCUGGAACUUGUCCAGAAAUGAAUCCUCCGAAUUAAAUUCGCGACGAUUUGAAAAGCUAUGGCAAGAUGAACUGAUGAAGCAUGGUCGGGAAAAGGCCUCACUGGGGCGAGUAGCGUGGCGGUUUUGUCAAACACGGGCCUUCAUCGCUGUUGGUUGUCUGAUGAUUACAAUGCUAGCUAGCUUUGUUGGUCCUGCCCUUGUCAUUAGGAAACUGCUGGAGUAUGCUCAGGCCCCAGAAUCAAACUUUCAGUAUGGGUUACUCUUAGUGUUGGGCAUUUUUAUAGCAGAGCUGGUACGUUCAUGGUCAUUUGCUCUGACCUGGGCUUUAAACUAUCGAACUGGAACUCGACUCCGAGGAGCGUUACUUACUUUGGCCUUUGAAAAAGUUCUUAAACUACGAAACACAAAAGAUGUGACAGUUGGAGAAUUGGUGAACAUCUGCUCAAACGAUGGACAACGUCUCUUUGAAGUGGCCUCUGUGGGUUCCAUGUUGACAGGAGGCCCCCUUGUAGCCAUACUUGGAAUCAUCUACACUGCAUUGUUCCUCGGACCUACUGCCCUGCUGGGAUCAGCUGUUUUCAUUCUUAUCUAUCCAUUCCUGAUGUUUAUGUCUAGGCUUACAACUUAUUUCAGGAAGCAAUGUAUUACAAUCACUGACCAACGUGUGCGACUGAUGAAUGAGAUUCUAAACUCCAUUAGGUUCAUCAAGAUGUACACCUGGGAAAAAUUGUUUGCUGAGAAGGUUCACUUGAUCAGGAGCAGAGAGAGACAUUUUCUGGAGAAAGCAGGCUACGUGCAGAGUAUCACAGUUGGAGUUGCUCCUAUUGUGGUUGUAGUAUCCAGUAGCUGCACAUUCACACUUCACAUGGCAAUGGGAUAUGAUCUCACUGCAGCUCAGGCAUUUACAAUUGUUGCAGUAUUUAAUGCAAUGACCUUUGCCCUGAAAAUCACACCCAUAUCUGUAAAAGCCCUGUCUGAGGCAUCUGUUGCAGUGGGCAGAUUUAAGCAUUUAUUUUUAAUGGAAGAACUAGAAGUUGUAAGGAAAGAGCCCGAUAGUCCACACAGUGCCGUAGAGUUUCAGAACGCUAGCUUGGCAUGGGAAAACAGCAGCAUCUGCUCCUUAGAGUGGCAAUCAAACUUAAACAAGGAUGGAAUAAAGAAGAUAAAAGAAAAUGAGAAAGUGCUGAACAAGAAAAGGAAGAAUCUGUAUGUUGAAGGUGACCCAGAGUGCUCACUUGCUGAACAAAAUGAUCACCUGUUACUUGGCAAUAAAAUGCAAUUUGACAGUGACAAUGUACAUGUAAAUGUAUCAUCUCCAAAGCUCAAACUUCAGAGUGUGUUGCACAACAUCAACCUAACAGUGGAACAGGGUAAAUUGGUGGGAAUCUGCGGCAGUGUGGGAAGUGGAAAAAGUUCCCUGAUAUCAGCUAUCUUGGGUCAGCUCAUACUACUUGAAGGGACAGUUGCAGUGAGAGGCACAUUUGCUUAUGUAGCCCAACAGGCAUGGCUGCUUAACACAUCUUUACGUGAUAAUAUCUUGUUUGGCAAGAAUUAUGAGGAAGAAAGGUAUAAUCAUGUUUUGGAGGCUUGUUGUUUGCAUCCUGACAUAGAAAGUUUACCGUGUGGAGACAUGACUGAGGUUGGAGAACGUGGUGCCAACCUCAGUGGAGGACAGCGGCAGCGGAUUAGUCUUGCUCGUGCUCUAUACAGCGAUCGAAAUACCUUCUUGCUGGAUGACCCGCUGAGUGCUGUAGAUGCACAUGUUGGAGCUCACAUGUUUACCAAUGCUAUUAAGUCAGGAAUGAAGGGGAAAACUGUUCUCUUUGUAACCCACCAGCUUCAGUAUCUUGUAGACUGUGAUGAAGUGCUAUUUAUGCGGGAUGGAUGUAUUGCAGAACAAGGCACACACGAGGAACUGAUGACUCUUAAUGAAGACUAUGCUGCCCUAUUUAAUAGUAUGCAGCAAGCUAACCUUAUUCAGAAGAACUUAAGAAACACUGCCAAAAAAGCUGGAAAUAAACCUGGGAAUCUUCUGUCAAUGAGCAAGUCUGUGUCUAUUGUGCAUGAAAAGAAGAAAGAAGACCAGCUAAUGCAAACAGAGGAAAAAGCCAGUGGCUCUGUGUCUUGGUCAACCUACGGAAUUUACAUCAAGGCUGCAGGAGGUAGUCUCAUCUUCCUUGCGAACAUUCUUCUGUUCAUAUUGACAGCAGGCAGCAUAGCAUUCAGUAACUGGUGGCUCAGCUACUGGAUUAAGCAGGGCAGUGGGAAUAUGUCUGUUACUGAAGGUAACGUGACCUGCAUCAGCAACAGCAUAAGAGACCAUCCGCAUCAGAACUUUUACAUUCGGGUCUAUGCAUUAUCCAUGGUGGCUGUACUGCUCUUCAAGGCAAUCCGUGGUUACACAUUUGUUAAGUGCACACUCCGGGCUUCCUCCAAGCUGCAUGAUGCUUUAUUUAAGAAAAUUCUAAGGAGCCCAAUGCAGUUCUUUGACACAACUCCUCUAGGACGCAUUCUAAAUAGGUUUGCUAAAGAUAUGGAUGAAGUGGAUGUGCGGCUGACCACUCAGACUGAGAUGUUGAUCCAGAAUAUCAUUCUUAUAUUGUUCUGUCUUGGUGUCGUCAGCUCUGUCUUCCCGUGGUUCCUUAUUUCUGUGUUACCACUCAGCAUUAUCUUCAUGAUAGUCAACAGAAUCUCAAGGGUGUUAGUUCGUGAGCUUAAGCGUAUGGACAGCAUUAGCCAGUCACCGUUUACAUCUCACAUCACCUCCAGUGUCCAGGGCUUGGCCACAAUCCAUGCUUAUGACAAGGAAAGUGAGUUCCUGCAAAAGUACCAGGAGCUACUAGAUUGCAAUCAAGGUCCACAUUUCCUAUUCAGCUGUGGCAUGCGAUGGUUGGCUGUUCGCCUCGAUCUCAUAAGCAUCAUACUCAUCACUGUGGUGUCAGCAAUGAUGGUUUUCAUGCAUGGAAGAAUUUCACCAGCCUAUGCAGGCCUUGCCAUCUCCCAUGCAGUCCAGCUGACAGGACUCUUUCAGUUUACGGUCCGCUUAGCAUCAGAAUCAGAAGCCAGAUUCACAUCUGUAGAAAGGAUCAGGCAUUACAUAAUGAAUUUAGAAUCUGAAGCACCAUCACAUAUUCCAGAAACAGCACCUCCCCCCGAUUGGCCUCAGGAAGGACAAAUUCAAUUUGAUGAAGUGGAAAUGUGUUACCGUGAUAACUUACCACUUGUGCUUAAGAAAGUUACAUUUACCAUCAAACCACGGGAAAAGAUUGGAAUUGUCGGAAGAACAGGAUCAGGGAAAUCAUCCCUGGGAGUGACACUGUUCAGACUAGUAGAAAUUUGCAGUGGUUCUAUUACUAUAGACGGUGUGAAGAUUAGUGACAUUGGAUUAGAUGAUCUGCGAAAGAAGCUAUCCAUUAUUCCACAGGAACCUGUGCUCUUUGUUGGGACAGUCAGGUCAAACCUUGACCCCUACAAUCAGUACACUGAUGCUCAAAUUUGGGAUGCAUUAGGAAGAGCUCACAUCAAAGAAAAUAUAACACAACUGAAUGAGAAACUUGACUUUGAAGUCAUGGAAAAUGGAGAGAACUUUUCUGUGGGAGAGAGGCAGCUAUUGUGUGUAGCCCGGGCCCUGCUUCAGCACAGCAAGAUCUUAUUGUUGGAUGAAGCCACAGCUGCCAUCGAUACAGAUACUGACAUGCUGAUUCAUAAGACCAUUCAGGAGGCUUUUUCUGAUUGUACAAUGCUGAUUGUAGCUCAUCGUCUUCACACAGUGCUGAACUGUGACAGGAUCAUGGUGCUGGACCAAGGCGAGAUUGCUGAAUUUGACAGUCCCAGUGUCCUGAUCUCCAAUGACAAUUCAAGAUUCCAUGCAAUGCUUAGCACAGUGGAAAACAGAAAUAUAGCGUCACCAUCCAGCAGUUAAUCUCCUUGUGCAGCAGCAAGUUGAAACUCUCCAGACUGUCACUGGCCUGAUCGUGUAAUGCAGCCUCUCCCCUCUACCAGGAAUUGAGAAAAAUUUGAGGAUGCUUUGUAGAUGGAUAAAGUGAUUCCAAGUGAAAUAUCACUCAUGCAUACUUUAUUUAUUAUAUCUUACAGGCGCCACAAACCAUUAAGUAAUUUGACAGUGGUUAUGUCUCCAAAUGAAAUGUACAGGGCGUAAUUAGCUUAAGAGUGCUUUAAGUGCCAACACUGCUCAAUACACUGGAUUGUUUUAAAAUUAAGUACUUUGCAAUUUUAAAGUGUAGGGCUUUUUCUUUAAAAAAGCAUAUCUAAACUGCUCCAUGCCAAAAGCUAAUCUUUGAAUGUUAAUGAGAAGGAAUGAAUUAUAAUUAAACAUUUAUGAAACGAAGUGUCAGAAGUGAGAAAUCCAAUGUAAGAUUGGAGAUCAAGGACAUCUUCCAAUCCAGCAAUUCAUUUUGCUAAAAAUGGUUUCAAAAGUCCACAAAUUAAUUUCCUUUCCCUUUGAAAGACUUUACCACUUAUAAUUUUGGCUUACCAGAACUAGGGAUGCUUUUGUCAAGACAAUUUUGUGUCAUUACUAGAAAGGCUUCUGCUAUUUUCUAUCGUACAGCAGUACUGCUCACUUUGGACCCAUCUACUGCCUCCAUAAAGGGAAUAUAAAAUUCACUUUUUAAAAAAUACAUUCUUCAUUAUUAGAUGUGAAUUCACUUAUAACACUAGACAGGAACAGUCAUUGUAACUUAAAACAGGUACAAAAUCUUUGUUUUAAUUAUUCAUUAAUGGGAUGUGGGUGUAGCUGGCUAGGCCAGCAUCCAUUGCUCAUCCCUAAUUGCCCUUGAGAAGGUGUUGGUGUACUGCCUACUUGAACUGCUGCAGUCCUAUCUGUUUAAAUGUGUCCCUUCAACACUGCCAAAUUAACUUAAUGAAUUGUUUUCUUGCUGUACAAAGAUAGAGUGACUGAGUCUGUGUAACCGUAACUCAGCAUGUUACUAGUUUUUAAAUCAACCACUUGUAUUAUUAAAGGUGUGAACCUUGAAUUUCUGUAGCAUUCUGCCAAGCUGCAGCUGCAACUUUGGCAAAAUCCCUGGGAAAAUGAUGUAAAUGCCUAAAAAUAGCCAAUUCAACUUUUUCCAGCAUUUCUCCAGAUGUUCUGUGAAAGUUAUGGUGGGAAAUUCCAGUGGAAUUUCUCCUGCACACUGUUUAUCAUAAUUUUUCUCAUCUCUCUGUAUUUUACGUCUAUGCAUGUCAACAUUGCUCUCCUUUUACAGUCGAAAUACACACCUUCCCUCUCCCUAUACUGUCAGUGUUGAAAUAAAAAGUUAUCAAAGUCUUUCAAUAUUCUAUUCCUAGACCUCAAAACUGUGUCUCUCCCUACAUUGGCUUAGGUUCUCCCUUCUUCCAACAAUCUACAACCUUUUAAAAUCAAAGCUUGGGCUGUCUAAAAGCUUUUACUCAAUUUAGUGCAUGAUCUUGCCUUAGUUUUUUCAGUCUUGCUGAUGUCUUGUAAUAAGGGCCUUGGAUUUUCACCCAAGGUUUUCGAUAAGAAAACAAUUGAGUGGGACAUUGUUUUUUUAAAAUAUCAGAAACAGUGUUCCUAUAAUGUUUGAUCAGGUAGAUUUAAUUUUUGACAGUGUAAUUGUGUCAUUAGUUGCUAAGAGAGAUUCUGCACAAUUCGCUGUACAAGAAGCACAUUUUAACCAUAUCUGAAGAAGAUAAUGUUGCCACAAAGGCUAUCUUCAUGCACAGUGUUUGCAUGCUGUGUGUACUAUCUUGGUAUAUACUGUUGAAAUGCAUAAUAUUUACAAUAUUUUUAGUGGAUAUUAUUGCUACAAAUGCCUUGUAUUCAAAAUUAUCAGAGACCUAUAAAUGUACUAGUUUGCUUAGAAUAUGAAGGAGAAGGCAUGUAUAUGCCAAAGCACAAAAUUGAAAAGUUUUGUCCCUUUUCCUGUUAGGGACCAGAAAAGCAUUCAGCUUGACUCAUCCUUUAUAGCUCCCUAACAAAUUACUAUCUUUUCUAUGCAACUUUGCAAACACAGCUCUGUUUAUAAAUCGGUCUCUCUGUAUGAUAAUGCAAUCAAAGACUUCUUUGGAUGUGAAAUGGAACUUAUAAAACAAUAAAAUUAUUUUUAUACUUUA